GUCUGACAGCUCUACCCAUGCCUCCCACUAUGACUAUGCGCCUCAGUCAGUCAUAGCACCAUCCUCUCACUUACAAUGCGCAUACGAAAACCCUUUGCCGGCGCCUUCAUAGGCCUGAUCUUUGUCAGUGCCGCUGCCGGCUUCUCCCCAUCCGACUACAAAAUCCCCUCGUACAAGCAAUCCGACAAAGCGCUCCACUUCAUCACCUUCUUCCUGCUCACAUUGUGCUUCUACUGGAUACUAGAAACAAGCCGGAGGAAGGUGUUGCAGCUGACUUUUACCGUGUGCACUAUUGGCCUGGGCGUUGCUAGCGAGGUCGUGCAGGGCUUGUUGCCUAUACAUCGCACCUUUGAUUCCUAUGACAUAGUCGCCAAUGUUCUGGGAUCUCUUGUUGCACUGGGAGCGUGCAAUUGGUAUCAUAAGCGCAUGCUCGGGCGCAAGCGGGCUGCGCGCGGGUACACAGCAGUCGCUGGCGAUGAAGAAAGAGACAUUGAGCUAGGAGAUCAUAUUCAAGACCAGGAGUCGGGCGUUGUCAGACCCACAGUCGAUGAGGAGCUCGAGCGAUGGGAUGAGAAUGCAGAGGACUGGGACACUACUGAGCCAGAGCCGGCAAGCGGAAAGAAGAGUCUCGACAACGGUGGCGACUUGGGUGAGGGAAAGCGGAAUGACUGAAAUCAUUACGUGUACCAUGUCUAUGACCAUGAACAAGCCUGAGAUUGAAAGCCCAAGCAUCCAACCCGCAAAAAUGACCAUUUGUAUUGCCCAGCCACGUCAAUGUGGCGAAAUGUAUCCAUUACGGGUGCUGGCUAACAAAACGUAUCAACAUCACCCAGGUGGACGGUGAACUGGUGCAAGUUGACUUGGAUAUUCUUUUACAAGUUCAUAGCUAGCUCUCCGUGCUCCCGCAGGUAUUUCCGAGCAAGCCUCAACCGUGAUUCGUCAUUUGGCCUGCCCCCAUCUUCCGUGGAUUCAUGCAUUUUCCAGUAUGACAUUCCGAAAGACCCAUAAGACCCACACCAAGCGCCAUGAUCAUUCAUUUCCCUCACCCGCGUCCUGCUUAAGCAGUGGUAGUCUUAGCAGCGGCCUGGUUGGGGUUGAUCUUUUUGCCGUCCUUGUUGUACCUAACACGUGGAGGAGGGGCACGG